CGCCGCCUCCUUUUUUUUGGGACACGGCUGCGUCGUGUUUGGAGCCGCCGCUGCACCUGUGGACUAUUAUGUUUAUUUAAAUAUAUAUUUUCAUCUUUUUCUUUUUCCUCCCACGUACACACAGCGUCGAUAUCGGUGGAAAUGUUCAGUAACGGCUCCUUCCGGGAAUUUGAUGACGACCCCUUCUUCUCCGAUCCAUUCCGAGCACACAGCGAUCACAUGCGCCAGAUGAUGAGGAGCUUCUCGGAGCCAUUCGGCGGAAGCAUUACGGACGGGAGAAGCCGGGACGUGGCGGCGCGGGCCACCUCACCUCCGGCGCUGAGGGGUGAACACAGGGACAUGAUGAUGAACCCGUUCGGCAUGUUUGAAAACAUGAUGGGCCACAUGAGGACUACGAUGGACAGUUCGCAGAAAAUCCCUGGGAACAUGUCCGCAGACUCCAACACCCACACAUUCAGCUCCUCAUCAGUCAUGACAUAUUCUAAGGUUGGAAAUGAGCCUCCGAAGGUCUUCCAGGCAUCAUCGUCAACACGUCAUGCCCCAGGAGGUGUUAAAGAGACUGUGCGGGCACUGAAAGACUCUGAAAGUGGGAUGCAGAAGAUGUCCAUUGGUCACCACAUUCAAGACAGAGGUCAUGUGGUCGAGAAGAAAGUUAACCAAAAAACUGGAGAGAAGGAGUUCCUACAGGAUUUCCAGAAUUUGGACGAAUCCGAAGCACAGUCUUUUGACGAUGAGUGGCAGCAGCAGGUGUCCAAGUUCAAGUUGACUGCCCCGAUGUCCCAGCUGGAGCCACCCCGGCGUCACGGAGGUCAGCGAAUAGCCCUCACUGGUCCUGAGCGGGCCCACAGAGACCAGCCCAAGGCUAAAAGUAAAAGUAUCCUGAAAGUACCCAACUCCACAAAGCUGUAAAGCCCCGUGUCAGGAUCAGAAAUCACCUCUCGACUUAGUUACUUUGGCCAUUGUCCAUCUGUAGUUUGAAGUCGGAAUUGCACAAGUGGUUAAGGGGAAUAUGAAAGUCAGGAAAUGGACUUAGAAAAUUUGUCAGGAGUUUAAUUACUGAUUGGAUGCUGCACACGCAAACAAUUAAUUAGCCAGACUUAAGUGCAAACUGAAGACCCUAGCAUGGAUAAGUGAGUUUUAUCAGAACUAGACAGCUGCAUGUUUAGGUAGUUUACUGGUCCAGCAAGGAUGCACUAUGAAGGUGGAAUAGAUGAGAAAAUAUGUGAAUCUAGCAGCUCCAUUACUCAUUAAUUUGUGUUUACUGUUUAGCGAUUAACUAAUGCACUUAGACCACAUCAACUAGUACCAGUUUUUAUUUUGUCAAGCACCUAAAAUGUCUUGUAUCUGCUGUAAUCUUUGUAAAAAGAAACAAAUUAUUUCCCUUUUUUAUCGUUCAUCCGAGCUCGGUGCUUGCGGAGCAAAAACUAUUGGCAGCCGUUGUUGUUGCUGUAUAUUUUUCAUAUACAUCGUCAAAUAAAAGUGUAUAAAUUAA